CUCACCCUCCCUCAGCUGUCUCUCAGCAUAAGUCCGUUCUUACAAAAUUCCAGUGGAUGUAAACAGAUUACUAAUCUCUAGAUUAUCACAUUUGAUUUCUUUUUCCUUUUGAAACACUGCAGAACAUUAGAUAAAAUGGUCAAAAAAGCAAGCCAGCUGAUGGUCUGAGUGUUUUUAAUACGAGAAAAAUUUGUGGUUCAGCACCCACAGUGGUGAGCCUGGCAUAGACCAAGUCGCGCUAAUACCAUGUGUUCAUCCACAUCAUCCCUAUGGUUGGCAUGCAGACAAGAAAUGCUCUCUUCUUUCACUAAAAACUGAACACUGGAGUACAUCCCGCCCGUGAGAGGGUAAAUGAGAGCGACAGAGUAAUAAAAAAUAGAGAAAGAGAGAGAGUGAGAACGAGGGAGUCAGACACAGAAUCUGCACAUCCUCACAAGCUGCACACCUUUACCGUGCACAACUGGACUAAAGACUGGACUGAGAAUCUAAAAAAAAGCCACUGCUCAUCUGUAUCACAUUAUCACAGAAUGCUGCUGUAUCGUCUGUUCUGGAUGAGUCUAUUUCUGUUGAUUACAAACGGUGAAAGAGAAUUUUAUGGGAAUCAUUUUGGAGAGUGGAAUGAUUCGCAACUACAGCCCACCAUACAGAAGCUGAUGAAAGGCUACAAUCGAUACCUAAGGCCAAACUUCAACCAGGGGCCUGUUGAAAUUGGAAUGAGUCUGGAUAUUGCCAGUAUUGAUGCCAUCUCUGAGAUUAACAUGGACUACACAGCCACUAUCUUCCUAAGACAACGAUGGCGAGAUUCCCGCCUACUAUUCCCUGGAAAUGAAAGUCUGAGUCUGGAUGGACGGCUGGUUUCUUUGCUGUGGAUCCCUGAUACGUUCAUCCCUGAUUCUAAGCGUUCUUUCCUCCAUGAUGUAACUGUGGAGAACCGUCUGAUCCGCAUCUUCAGCAACGGCACUGUGCUCUACGCUCUUCGCAUAACAGCAACCAUCGCCUGCAGCAUGGACCUCACCAAGUAUCCUAUGGACAGACAAGAGUGUACUUUGCAAUUAGAAAGCUGGGGCUAUAAUUUACAGGAUGUAGUGUUUUACUGGACCCGAGGGAAUGACUCAGUGAAGGGGCUAGAUACACUGCGUCUGGCCCAGUACAGUGUAGAGAGCUACUACACAACCGUAUCUGAAGCUGUGUAUGAAACAGGUUUUUAUCCGAAGCUAGUUCUGCACUUCUCUUUACGUAGAAAUGUGCUGUUCUUCAUUCUGGAGACGUAUGUGCCCUCAACAUUGCUGGUGGUUCUGUCAUGGGUGUCUUUUUGGAUCAGUCAGUCCUCCGUUCCAGCUCGCACCUGCAUCGGGGUGACCACCGUUCUUACCAUGACCACACUAAUGAUGGGUGCCAGGACCUCGCUUCCCAAUGCCAACUGCUUCAUUAAGGCUAUAGACGUCUAUCUUGGCAUCUGUUUCACCUUCAUCUUUGGUGCUCUGCUGGAAUAUGCCUGUGCUCAUUUCUGCACCAUGCAGCACCAAACCAUUGUAGAUGUGCAAAGGGAACUACUCAAAGAAUUUGAGGAGUCAAAUGGUAUGACUCACUUGGCAAAUUCAAUGUCACCCAAAAAGAUGCAGACUGAAGAAUCCACUCAGCAGGAGAUGCCUGAGCAAUCUGUGACAUGCGAAGGGAAUGAGGCCACAGACAAGAAGAGAGAGAAGGGGUGCAGUUUGUCCUCUUUAAAGCAAAUGUCUCGCCGAGCAGCAUCCAUGAUGAGUGUCGAGAAUCCUAACAACAUCGACAGACAUGCACGUGUAUUUUUCCCCAUGGUAUUUCUCCUUGUCAAUAUUUUCUACUGGCUCUACUACCUUUUAUUCUAAUGGAUGAACCACUCUUAAUGAACAAAGCAUUGCACAAAUGACUGUAAAAGUGAAUGGAAUGUUGACUCCCUAUCAGUUACAGUUACAUAGUGGCCUAUAACAAGGAGCUGGACUUGGUUCAUUAUUGCAUUGAAGAAAGUGUUUCUACACAACAAUAACAAUGAAGAUCACAUGGACACACAAAAAUCACCAUAGACUCAUCUGCAGCAGGACACAAAGAAGUACGCUGUUCUACGCAUCCACUCUUUCUUAAGCAACUGCCUUUACAUUACUGAUUUAUUUAAGGGUUCAGUGCUUUACGUGCUUUUAAUUCUUGCUUUGUUUUGCUAUGUAAACGUAAUGCGCUGUAGGGGUGCUGUAAACUCCAUAAGCACUGACCAUAAUAAAUGGCAUUAAGUAAAACCAAUAAUGGUCAGUGUAUGCAUGUAUGUACUUUGCGGUCCGCAAGUCUGAUUCAGGUGUAAUUCAAACCUGUAAAUAAAGUUUUAAUAUUUAAAAAAAUGCCAAAACAAAGAAGCUUUGAGAAAUGUUUAAGAUUAUGCAAUAUUUCUAGGUGCCUAAUAAUCUAAUAAUAAGCUAUUUUAGAACAGUAGUCAUGUUUGCAUUAUCAAUCCAAUGUAACAACUGACUACUUAAUCACCCACUCAUUUAUUCAUCCAUCUAGCUUCCAAUCUAUCCAACCAUAGAUCCAUCAACCCAUUUUAAGUGAUUUAUUUGACUUCUUCGGUUUUACUGUCAGUCUGAGGAACGCAUUUCCGCAUCACCGUCGACGUUUCACUG